ACAAAACAAUCUUAGUUUGUGUGUAUACAAAGAUUUUCAAGAACAUGAAAGAGAUGUAAACGUGGCAAGUUAAACUAAAUCGUCAAAAUCUUGUUGUGUCUGUAACGGUUAGUGUGUGCAUAUUGUCCGAAAAUGUCUCAGGCCAGAAAUGAAAUUUUGUGUUUGUUUGAUGUGGAUGGUACAGUCACACUACCACGACAGGUAAUCACAAAUGACAUGAAAGACUUCUUAGCGCAAUUACGGGAUAAGGUUGACAUUGGUAUGGUUGGUGGUUCUGACUAUUCCAAGGUUCAAGAACAGCUUGGAGGAGGGGAUGUGUUCAAACAGUAUGACUAUCUGUUCCCAGAAAACGGCUUAGUUUCCUACAAGCAUGGCUGUUAUCAUUCAACGCAGAAUAUCAAGUCAUUUCUCGGGGAAGAAAAGAUUACGAAAUUUAUCAACUUUACCCUGAAGUAUUUAUCUGAAAUAUCAAUACCUAUUAAGCGGGGUACAUUCGUAGAGUUUCGAAGUGGCCUAAUAAAUAUUUCUCCGAUUGGUCGAAACUGUUCUAAAGAUGAACGUGACGACUUUGAGAAGUACGAUAAGAUCCAUAAUGUGAGAAGAGAUUUUGUUGAGGUCCUGAAAAAACAGUUUGCUGAUUAUAACUUGCACUUCUCCAUCGGAGGACAGAUUAGUUUCGAUGUUUUUCCCAUCGGCUGGGAUAAAACAUAUUGUUUAAACCAUUUAACAGACGAAGGUUAUAAACAAAUUCACUUCUUUGGAGACAAAACUUGGCAGGGUGGUAAUGAUUAUGAGAUUUAUACUGACCCGAGGACCAUAGGACAUACUGUGAAAAGUCCUUCGGAGACGAAAAAUAUCCUGGAGGAACUCGUAACAAAUGGCACCUUUAAUUAGAAACGAUAGAUAUUUACAAUUUGAUGCAUUAAUUUUACCAAUAUUGCAAUAAAAAUGAAUUUUGAAAAUAGUUAUUGCCAGAAAUCUAAAAAAUGUAAAUUACAACUUUAGUAUCAAACAUUAUUAUACGGCUUUGCAAAAUCCUCUAU